CUGAAAGCAUUCAUUCACAGUUUACUAGGGUAUGAUGCUAGCCAACAAGAUUUGACAGGAGGAGUAUUGGGUGUAGUGAAAGGUUAUUAUGGGUGUAUUGAGGCUCAAGGCCGAGGUACAUUGCAUUGUCAUAUGAUGAUAUGGUUAGAGGGUGGGUUAAAUCCAAAUGAAAUUCGCCAACGCGCUAUUGAGGAUCCUAACUCUGAUUUUUGCCGCCGUCUGAUUGCGUUCUUGGAUGACACAAUUGCAAAUCAGCUGCCUGCAGAUGAUUCAGUGGGGGUACAUGUACCUUCGGAUGAUUUUCAUCCAUGUUCUGUACGAGGAACAAGCAUGGUAGGAUACAAUACAGAACCACAUUCACCGGAAGCUGUACAGAAGGACCUGCAUAAUCUUGUUAAAAGUUGUCAGAUUCAUAAACACACCGCGACUUGUUACAAAUACUGCAAAGAUAAAUCACUGCCAAAGGAGUGUCGUUUCGGAUUACAUGAAUCCAAUGUAUCGCCCGAAUCGGUAUUUGACAAAAAUACUGGUGAACUCAGUUUACGAUGUCUUGAUGGUCUCGUAAACAAUUUCAACGAGACAAUUCUACGCGCGAUCCGUUGCAAUAUGGACAUCAAAUUUAUUGGUUCUGGCGCAUCUGCGAAAGCCGUCCUGUAUUAUAUCACCAAUUAUAUCACUAAAUCGCAAUUGAAAACACAUGUGGCAUACGCAGCUUUGGAAAGAGCCGUGAGACGACUAGAUGAACAAUGUUCAACUGAUUCGCCGUUUACGAUACGUGCUAAACGACUCCUUCAGAAAUGUGCAUACUCAAUGAUAAGCCAACAAGAGUUAUCUGCGCAGCAAGUUAAUACGUACCUUUUGGACCUGGAAGAUCAUUUUACGUCGCAUCGUUAUAGGAACUUUUACUGGACGCAGUUCGAGCAUUUUGUCGAAUGUCAGAUACCAUCUCCUGAGUGC